AUGGAAGAGAACAUGGAAAUUUUGGAGAAUUUGAAUGAUACGGCCAAUUUUUCAAAUGAGGGUGAGUUAUAUGGAAAAGUUUGAUUUGUAAAAUUCGAGAAAUUUUUAAACGUCUGACGAGAGAGAAUGAUCUUUUUCAAUUUUUGACGUGGCAAUGAUUUUUCCAAUCUCAGUUUUUCUGAAAAUAGUGUGGGAUAAUUAAUUAUUUAUUUUCAUUCCCAUAACAGUUAUGACGUGGCAGAGUUAUAAUAAGCCUAAUUUAUCUUUUUUUGUGGGUUCAGAAAUUUCCCCAAGGAUUUCCCAUGGCUAAUGCUUUCCAAAAAGUUCGAAAUCAAAAAAAAUAUCUUCACACAAUAUUUUCAAAAAGUUACUAACCAAAUCAAAUUUCUAGAUUAUGAAUCAAAAAAUCGACUGGCUAAAUUAUAUAUUUUUUCAAACAAAAAUUACAACUUUGCCACCUCACUUUUUCGGAAGCUAUUGCCAUAGUAAAAAAGUUUGUUAGAAACCGAAAUCAAAUUCCUAUUGAGAAGUUCACAAAGAUGUGUGCGUUGACGUAAAAGGAAACACGUUUCCGAAUAAAGCGUAUCCGGCGUUUGUAAAAUCAACUAGAAAAACUAGAAGGAUUUUGGAAGUCUGUCCCACCAAAAAUGCAAACUUUUUCAGAAGUGGAUUGUGAAUUUCAAGAGCCAGUGUUUAUUGGGGAACGGUUUUGGAUGGUGGCGGUUUUUGGAACAUUGGUUGCAGUUAUUAAUAUUUUUGAGAAUUCAUUUCUCUCAUUUAUGCUGUUCAAGAAGUUGGUUACUUUCCCACCAAACUCAUUAAGAAAAUAAUAUUUUUCAGAAAAUCAUAUCGUUCAAGUCAUAUGCUUUAUUUAGCACUUUUGGCAUUUUUCGAUGUUUGGAUUGCUGCUGCAUAUAUUCCAUUAAUGAGUUUGAACCUAUCUGUAGAUUAUUAUCAAUCAGUUACACUUUUGCGGGCCUGGUUUGCUUAUAUGUUACCAAUGAUAACCAUUUCGCAUAUUGCAAUGACUGCCUCCUCGUUUUUGAUGGUUAGUUUACGGGGGAAUUUAAUAAGGUCAUGUGAAAAUAUCAUUAAUAACUGAAAAUGUUAGUUCAAAAAAAUUUUGUGUGGUCAUAUUUUUUCAAAGAUCGUGUUUUUUUCAGAGAGAGAAAGGGAAGAGGAAAUUAAGAUUCUGAUCAACAAAAAUUCAGAUAGAAAAACAAAUAGAUAGAGUUCAAAAUAUCUGAAUUUUGAAAUUAUAAAAACAAAUAUUCAAAAACACUUUCCGGUUCAAACAAAUUUAAAAAUCCGAUAGAAAUUUUUACAAUCCGUAAUGUAAUAAAGAAAAAUGUGGACUCAAAAAUUAACGUUUCAAAAAUAUCGAUAUUUUUAUUUUCAGGUAGCCGCUUCUGUAGAAAGAUAUUGCGUGAGUGUCCAAGCCAGCAAAACUCGAUGGAUGCAACGAAAUCGUGCCGCAAUUGCCUGUUUCAGUGUAAUUCUAGGAAUCGCUUGCAAAUUCAGUCAAUUAUAUGAAAUGCAAAUCGAUAAAAAUGAGCUAUGCGCUGGCACAAUGCGAGAAUAUCAAUUGAGUUUAUCUGAAUUGACACAAGAUUAUUGGUAUGGACAAUGGCGAUUUGUGUAUCGAACUGUUCUCACAAUUUUGUUUCCGUUUUUCUUAUUGGCUUAUACAAAUAUCAGAUUGGUUGUGAAGUUGAAUAAAAGUGAUUUCAAAGUUUUGCAAUCGACGAAACUAAGUGAUGCCAAGCGAAAGGUAAUAACUGUUUCACAUCUUCUAAAUUCCCAAAAAUACAUUUUUCAGUCGGCAGUUCGUAAUGCUACACGAACUUUAGUUUUCAUCGUCUUCACUUAUCUUCUUGCGAAUAUUUUGAAUGUUGUCAUCAUUUUUUGGGAAUAUAUUGAUUUUGCAAGUCUAACCGGUCCCUUGGAAACAUUCUAUACAUUUUCUGUUGAUAUUGUUUCACUGUCAACAAUUUUUGCCGGAGCCCUAAGGCUUCCAAUUUAUGUGAUUUGUCAAUCAAAUUUGAGACGAGAGUUUUAUGCGCAAUUCAAGAAAAUUAUCAGUUUUGGAAUGUUGAAGGUUGGUUUUCAAAGAUUUUCUACUAGAGAAAAAUUAUUUUGUGAUGUUAUAACAUUUGUAUUGACUGACUGUAACCACUUGAGGUGCAUAUUUUUUACAACAAUUCCAUUCGGUUGAAGUCAUAUUCUAAAAGUAAAAAAUUGAAAUUUUUGAGGAGAACACUAAUAUAUCAAAUAUGUACCUUGGAUAUUUUAGUGCAAUAAGUGUUCACUUCUUUUUUGGUGACAAUUGCCAAACCUUUCCCAUACAUUUUGUUGAUACAAGCAUUUUGUUUUGCUGUUCCGGUAUUCGUAUUAGUUUCUUUGCAAUCAUUAAGAACUUUAAGACAUUGAGUGAUUGGAACGUUGCAAAUUUCGAUCAUUGGAGCUGUUAGUUUAUCAGCAAGAGCCAUCAGAUCAGUACAAGAAUUGACUGGAAAUAGGAGGAUUUAGAAGACAAGGGAAAUUUGGAGAGUAGGACUUACACGAACUGUAAAGUGAGAGAGCUGCAAUUGCUUUACUAGCACUGUUAUUGAUAAUACAAGUUUUAGCAGCUGGAAAAAAAUGAAUUCCAAGACAUUUCGAGUUUCUAACUCGACCCCAUCCUAUUUUUCAUCACUUACUCGAAAUUAAUGUUGUAGUAUCAUUAGGAUUGGAAUACAAUUGGGGCUCAAUACAAGCUAAAAUUGGUUGCAUUUCUGCUGGUGUGUAAAAUGUUACACCAAAGUUUUUCGCCUUUUGACAAACUAAUGCACGAUUUGGGCAUGACGCAUUGAUUACUGUAGCAAGAAUAGUGACAAUUAAAAUGAAUAAAAAGUGCAUUUUGUAUUUAUGAACCAGUGUGAGAAUGAGAGAUGAACGCAUUGUUUUUAUAGUAGAAAAUGGAUUAACGGAUAUUAAUAAUUAUUGAAAAUUUUCGAAACAUUGUUGAAAAUAUAUGAAACCAGAGUUCAAUGUUGAGUUGUUUCGAUGAUUUUUUCAAUGACCAAAAUAUUUUUGAUUUCUUAAUUUUUUCCAGAAAUAUAAACCUGCUGUUGAAACCGAUGACAAUGAAAAUGAUGAAGAUCGUCGAACUCCCGAGCCAACAUCUUUAUCUUCUCGACAAUAUCCAAUGCUUUUAUCACUUGGAACUGUUCUACUUGUUGAAUCUGAAACUGACGCAAAAACCGAAAUUCCAAGUUGCAAAGUUAUACGACACACGGAAAAAGAGACGUGUGAAAAAGUGCAGAAUAUUUGA